AUGGCAAUAACAGCUCAAAUUAUAAUUGAACCAAUUAAAGAUACCAUAAUGAAAAGAUUACUUUCAAUAUCUGCAAAUAAUAAAGCUGAUGUCGUUUUUAUUACUGAUCAUUUUGACUCUACUAACAGAGAAUUUAUAAAUAAAAUGAUUGGAACUAUAAUUAUUGAUCCCAAAGAACUUUCUGAAAAUAUAGCAAUUUCGAUAAGGAUCAUAGAAAAAAAUCUAAACAAGAUAACAAGUCACAGAACUGUAUGUGGAAUACGAAACAAGACGUUAAUCAUUAAUUUGCCCGGCAUAGACAAUGUUUGCAUUGCAGCAAUUGCAGAUACACUGAUAAAUACAUUGCAUUUAAUACGCAAGAAUGAUGAUGAGAACAAAGAGACUGAGUCGCUACUUGCCAAUGCAUAUUCUCCCAAUUCUUCCGAUAAUAAUGUUUCAGAGCAGGUGAACAAUACGGAAUGGACGCCUCUAAUUUCUUUAGAUAAUGCAUUAAUAAUAUUGAAUGAAGUAUCCAUAACAAGUAUAAUUACAGAUACUGAAUCGGUAAAAAUAAGUGAUGCCUAUGGUAGAAUAUUAUUUAAAAAUGUUUAUUCGAAAUAUAACGUGCCAUCAUUUAGAACUUCCAAAAAGCAUGGAUACGCAGUGUUGGUAUCUGAUGGAAAAGGAAUGAGACAAGUGUUGAAUAAUAAUAAUACGUAUCCUCCGAUUUCGCUUCAAUGUGGAACGUGCACAUGGGUGAAGAGUGGAGCACCUGUUCCUAAUGAAGCAACAGCGGUUGUAGAAGAAGAAAAUACAAAACGAAUUAGAUCUCAUCUAGACAACAAAGUGUAUAUUGAAAUAAUGAGUAAACCGCAAUAUGGGCAAAACAUUAAUCCUAUUGGUUACAACGUAAUGAAAGAAAAACUUAUCUUAAAACAAUACACACGUAUUGGCCCAGAAGAGAUGGGAGUCUUGGCAGCUUCUGGCCAUAAAGAAGUUGUAGUCGCUAAGCAAUUGUCUAUAGGUGUAUUAUCCAUCGGCAAUAACUUAGAAGAACCCGCAAAACCUUUAAAACCAGGAUAUGUCUACGAUAUUAGCAGAAUAAUUAUAAUUUCACUACUAAAAGAUAACGAUUUCUCUUCUUCAGAUUUUGGAAUCGUGAAUAAUACAUCAUUAUCCAUACAAAAGAAUAUUGAGAAAGCUCUAGAUAAAGUAGAUAUACUUGUGACAUUAGGUUCUGCUAAUGACAAAGAUUUAUUGAAGAAAAUCUUGCUAGAACACUUUCAAGCCGAAAUAUAUUUUGGUAAUGUAAAUAUAAAACCAGGGAAGUCAACUACGCUAGCUACAUGCAAGAUCAAUGAUAAAAUAAAAUAUUUCUUGUGUUUGUCGGGAAAUCCGGUAACUGCUUUUAUUGUUGCGCAAGUAUUCCUUUUGCCUUUUCUAAAAAAGAUGUCUUGCAAUGAAUGCUCGGAAAAUCCUAUAUUACCAAUUUAUGUAAAUAAUCCAUUUAUUCUACAUCACCGUCCUAGACUUGCGUGUACAUAUUUGAAGUGGUCUAAAGAUAAUCUAGCAAUGGCUUGUAGCAUGGGUAAUCUUUUCAAAGAUAAACUAUGUAAUAUGGUAGGUUCAAACGCACUUUUGAUGUUACCAAAAAGUGAGAACAAAGAAAAAAUAACAUUUAACAAUGAAAAAAUAUCAGGUUUACUUAUUGACCGUCCAGGAAGUUUCAAUAUAAACAAGGAAUAA